AUGGAAAAGUAUAAAAGAUGCAGAAGAAGUGCUUUGGCAACAACCCUUUCAAGCAAAGCAGUAGCAGAAAACACAAAUCAAGGGCAAGAAACACUUUCACACUCUGGAGUUUCCGUAAUAGAUCUUCCUUCCUCCAUCGUUGUGGACAUUCUUUCCAGGCUCCCAACCAGAACCCUCUUACAAAGCAGGUGUGUUUGCAAAACCUGGUACAAUUUACUCUUAGACCCUUAUUUCAAUAAUGCUCGCCUUGCAAAAAUGUCCUUCCUCAGUAUUAUCAUGCUUUUUAUGGACUGUCAUUUCGACUUGAUUGAUCUUGAACAUCAAAGUAACUACAUUGAUCAGCGUAUGUGUUUCCGAAAUACAAACACAUCCUACCCCGAGCUAGAAUUAGUGGGUUGUUGUAAUGGUUUGCUCUGUUUCUCGAAUGGCUAUCCUAAUGACAGUUUUUACAUUAGCAACCCAAUUUUGGGAGAAUAUGUUGCCCUUCCUAAACCCAAACCACAGGAAAAACUUGAUUUUGUGGCGUAUGGGUUCGGAUUUAGUUCUGCCACCAACCAGUACAAAGUUGUAAGAAUUGUGCGUAAAACGGGUCGAAAAUCGGAGACUGAGGUUUGUACUCUUGGAACUGGUACAUGGAAAAAUGUGGGAGAUGGUAUAUUCCCACUUCGGGGAAAAAGGUGUGGAGUUAUUCUAAAUGGGGCUCUUCAUUGGAUUGUAGGCUUUAUAGUUGAUCAUAAAAUUUCUUAUUCUAUAUAUUCCUUUGAUAUUGAGGAUGAACAAUUCCGCCCAAUUCCACUACCUCUAGAUAUUGGGAAUGAAAAAGAUUUGAUCAGUUUGGGAGUGUUGGGGAACUGUCUCUGUGUAUUUGAUAAUAGGGGGAGCCAUUCUCUUGGUAUAUGGUCGAUGAAAGAUUAUGGAGUUGCUACGUCUUGGACUAAAGAUUCCAUUUUGAGAAACACACUUCCGCGUGGGCUGCUUCGUGAGACACUUUACCCGAUCACGGUUUGGAAAGACGGAGAGAUGUUGGUGUCAUGUGAUGGUGCUAUGGUUUCUUAUAAUCCGAAAGAAAGGAGGUUUACUCAAGUCAAGGUUGAUGCGUCCAGGUUCACACCAGUUACUUACAUCCCGAACUUUCUUUCACUCAAGAAUGUUGCGAUGGCAGAAUGUUUGAGGGUUUUGAAAGUCGAUACCGAAUUUUAUUAG